AGGAGCUUAGGAGAACGAAGGUGCCUAAUGGCGACUCCUUUGCUGGCAUCUUCAGAAACAGCUCUAUUUCUAUCUUUAAUAUCUCUAUUUUUCCCUUCCAGGCUACUUUUGAAGACCCUGAGCUGGAGUUACACCCUGACUUUGGUUCUUUGCAGGAAUUCAACCAGCUGUCAAUGUCACACAACUAUAUGAUAUGCCAAGAACAAGGCUUAGAAGACUACCUUGUCUUCAGGGUUCCAGGAUUUUGAGGCUCUGGAGGUGGAUGGACAAUUGUUAAAAACAACAAGGAAUUUGUCUAUGGGAAUUCAAACACAACACACCAGUUUUGCUGUCUCUGUCCAGAUAUUUUAGGAGUGGAGCAAGGGAUUCAAUCGACCAUCCUUCCUACUCAGACUGUGGAGAGGGAUUUGCUCAAUCAUCUGACCGACUGGCAUGCCCAUCAUCUUACACAUGGGAGAACCCACUCAGACAGUGGGAUUGGAUUCAGUUGGUCAUCACAACUGAAGGUACAUCAGCAAGUUCACACUGGGGCAAGGCCAUUCACCUGUUCUGUGUGUGAGAAGGGAUUCAGAAGGUCUUCCCACCUGUGGACACACCAGUCAGUUCACACUGGGCAGAGGCUGGUCAGCCGCUGAAGUUAUAGGGAAAGAUUCACUUGGUCAUCUGACCUAAUGGCUCACCAGCGAGUUCACACCAGGGAGCAGCUGUUCACCUGCAUGGACUGUGGGAAGGGAUUCACUUCUUCAUCUCAACUGAAGCUACAUCAGCGAAUUCACACUGGGGAGAAGCCGUUCACCUGCUCAGACUGUGGGAAGACAUUCACUCAGUCAGCCCACCUAAAGAGACACCAGAGUGUUCACACUGGAGAGAAGCCAUUCACCUGCUCAGUCUGUGAGAAGGGAUUCAUUCAAUCAUCUGACCUACAGAUACACCAGACAGUUCACACUGGGGAGAGGCCAUUCACCUGCUCAAUCUGUGGGAAGACAUUCAGUCAGUCAUCCUACCUACAAAGACACCAGAGAGUUCACACCGCGGAGAAGCCUUUCACCUGCUCAGAAUGUGGGAAAGGAUUCUCUCGAUCAUCCAAUCUACAGAGUCACCAGCGAGUUCACACUGGAGAGAGGCCAUUCAGCUGCCCACACUGUGGGAAGGGAUUCUCUCUGGCAUGUCACCUACUGAGUCACCAGACAGUUCACACUGGAGAGAGGCCAUUCACCUGCUCAGACUGUGGGAAGGGAUUCAGUCAGUCAUCAAACCUAAUGGCUCACCGACGAAUUCACACUGGGGAGAGGCCGUUCACCUGCUCAGUCUGUGGGAAAGGAUUCACUUGCUCAUCUCACCGACUGAGACAUCAGUCAGUUCACAAUGCUGAGAGGCAGUUCAGCUGCUCAGAAUGUGGGAAGGGAUUCACUCGGUCAUCUUCCUUAUUGGCACACCAGCGAGUUCACACUGGGGAGAGACCAUUCACCUGCUGUAAAUGUGGGAAGGGAUCCCGCCGAUCAAUCAUGUACAGAGACACCAGCGAGAUCACACUGGGUGGAGGCUGAUCACCUGCUCAGACAUUGGGAAGAAUUUCUCUCAGACAUCUCCGCCAAAUGUGCAUCAUUGAGUUCACACUGUGAAGAGGCCGUUCACCUGCUGUGAAUGUGGGAAGGGAUUCACUCAGUAAUCUAACCUUGUGACACACUGCUGGGUUCACACUGGGGAGAAAGUUUUAGUAAGCUUCAUGCUGGAGAUUUGCCCAUCACCGUUGCGGAAUGCAAUUUCAAGAGUGACUGUCGGUGAUGAACUCUGCAAUUAUUGCUGCUGCUCCCCACACCCAGUUCUGUACCCUGGUCACUGGGCAUGGCAGGAGUUUCUUCUGCUGCACAUUCACCUUUAAUAGGACUGGAGUUUAAUAUUGUGGGUCUGAGACAAAUAAUUAGUUCUAUUUUAAACUCUGUCUCCAGUACUUAGUGAAUUUAUAACACAGCUAGAGUACAGUAGAGUCAAUUCAGGCUGGUUGAACCCUGCCAGUGAUUCAGUUCUAUGACAGUCCUUUGAAAUCCUCCAAUUUCUGGGGUGAAGAGGAAUGACAUUGGCAGUUAACCCCCUUAUUCAGGGCUCAUUUCCACAUUAUGGGUCAUUUUCCCUGCUUCUAAAGGGUUGUUAGAAAACACCACUGUCCUGUAAAGGCUGAAAGCAGAAUGGGAAACCAUUAGUUCAACCAAGUGGGGUUAGAAACCAGAGGCUGGUCUGCACAGGGCAGAGUUUGGGGCUCUGGAUGAUGGUCGGGUUAAGACCGUAUGAUGAGGAGAAGGGAACCAGCAACGGGGCGGACAACGAAUGACAGAGUAGCAACAUUUGGAAGCUAAUUGACAGAGAUAAUAAUUCAAUUGUCUGACUGAUGACACAAAUAAUGCCUGUGGUGAGGUACUCC